AUGCCACUAAACCCAAUUCUAGAAGUUGAGAUCUUUGAUGUAUGGGGAAUAGACUUCAUGGGACCUUUCAAGCCUUCCUCAAACGGGCACAACUACAUUCUUGUUGUGUGGACUAUGUGUCCAAAUGGAUUGAAGCCAUCCCCUGCCCAACCUGUGAUGCCAAGGUUGUUAUCAAAUUUUCAGAACCAUCAUCUUUCCAAGAUAUGGCAUCCCAAGGGUUGUUAUUUCGAUGGAGGUUCCCAUUUCAUCAACAAGGUGUUUGAAAAGUUGAUGAAGAGUUAUGGAGUCAAGCACAAGGUCCCUUUCAACUUACUGUAUGGAAAGGAUUGCCACUUACCUGUGGAGGUCGAGUACAAGGCACUAUGGGCAGUAAAGAUGCUGAACUUUGAUAUAAAGGCAGCACAAGAAGAAGUAAUGAACUUGUUUGAGUUGGAGGAAAUCAGAAUGAAUGCCUAUGAGAACUCCAUGAUCUAUAAGAUGAGAACCAAGGCAGCCCACGACAAACUGAUUCGCCUUAAGACUUCAAGGUUGGGGACAGUGUGCUCUUGUAUAACUCCAAGCUAA